AUGACUACCUUUGCACCCUCUCGUCAAAUGUCCGAAACGACACUCAAUUUUUGGCGGCCAAUUGCAUUCUCCGCUUUACAACACCUGGAUCUCUUUGAACUUCGGCGGAUGCAGAAUGUCGCAGCGGGAUGGAGGAUGCUGGUGAACCAGUACAUUGAGCAGUACAUCGACACAAAACUGACGAGCUUUCUGUCCAACCCAACGCGCUUGCGGGCCAUGUUGAGUCGCUACCACUCCGCCAUCGCUGGUGACGUAGCGCUCACCAUAAGCCGCAUGGGUACGGAUGUAAUCGGCGAGGUUUUCACGGCGUUGUCUUUGCUCGAAAUAUAUUGUCCCGUGGGCGGAUAUCCAGCCGACAUCUUUGUCCGUCAUCUUGAGCAACAAGAAAGUUAUCGAGUUGACGAGAUUACGAAUACGGACCCGGGCCUCCCACACCCGGAGGACAAAGGACAUGUGCUCGUCGUUCGACUCGUACGCCCAGACGGCAUGCGAAUAGAUGUUGUUGUCGCCAGUCAAGCCACGGCCACGCUCCCCCUUCCAUUCACGUCGGGUACACAUUCCAUGAACCUCCUCACCGGCAACUCCUUCAUCAUCGCCUACCCUCUCCUAACCCUUAACGGCCACACCUGCAUAAACCCGAUGCAGCCGAUCACGGAGCAAGUCAUCGCCGACUGCGAAACUCUACAAUUGCAGGCUCAUACUUUCGCCGAAAACCACCCCGCCGUGACCGGAGGCCUGCAGGCCACAUUCUAUUGUCCGCACCAAGCCCGAAUGAUAGGGGACAAAGGAUGUCUGGUGGUCGUCUUUUCCAACCCUGACAUAGUUUUCACCCGGAAGGUGCUGCAUACUACCCGCUGGAUGCUAGGUGGUGAUAAGUGUUCCUGCUGCUCUCGGAGCAGUGAGACGACCAUUGUGAACACCCGCAUGCGGGACGACAUACCCCUACAUACCGCGACGGCGUACCUGUAA